CGCCCAGCUCCCUGUUCUGAUCCCUGUCCUGGGCCAGGAUCGGCACUUCCAGGGGCCCCUUCAGUGAGAAGCAGCACGUAGGCACUCCAUUACUGACGAACCACCUCUGGAACAGCUGGGCGACACCAGUUGGAGCUUGCCAGAGGGUCCUCUUCCCCCCAGGCUUGGGCAGAUCAGCUGGCCAGCCCUCUGCACUGGUCCAGGACAGAACGUCGCAGACCUCAAGCAGUGACACUGCUGGGCGUGGAAGAUUAAUCAGUGACAGGAAGCUGUCUUUUUCAAAGCAGUGACCAGCUGUGGUCAGCAGAGCCUCUACAAGGCCGGCACGGGAGUCUGCCCACUGCCGGCCCCCUGCUCCUGACAUGAAGCACCUCGGGGUCCUCCUCUUCCUCCUGGGGGGCUUGGGGGCUCUCGCCGAGCGCUGUGAAAUACCAGAGGUGGACAGCAAGCUGGUGGAGAAGCUGGGCCAGCGCCUCUUGCCCUGGAUGGAGCAGCUAUCCCUGGAGCAGCUGAACCCCAGCAUCUAUGUGGGCCUGCGCCUCUCCAGCCUGAAGGCCGAGGCCAAGGAGGCCCUCUACCUGCACAGCCUCAAGCUCCACUACCAGCAAAGCCUCCUGGGGUCUGCCUCCAGCAAUGGUGAUGACAACAGUGACUUCCAGGCUAAGCCCUCCAUGGGCCAGCUGGCCCUCUACCUGCUUGCUCUCAGAGCCAACUGCGAGUUCGUUGGGGGCCACAAGGGGGACAGGCUGGUCUCACAGCUCAAGAGGUUCCUGGAGGAUGAGAAGAUGGCCAUUGGGCAUGAUCACAAAGGCCAACCCCACACCAGCUACUACCAGUAUGGCUUGGCUAUUCUGGCCCUGUGUGUCCACCAGAAGCGGGUCCAUGACAGUGUGGUGGGCAAGCUCCUGCAUGCUGUGGAGCACGACCAUCUUCUGCACCAGGGCCAUCUCUCUGUGGACACGGUGGCAAUGGCAGGCUUGGCCUUUACCUGUCUGAAACGCUCCAACCUCAACCCCCAGCAGAGAGAACGGAUUGUCCUGGCCAUCAAGACAGUGCGGGAGAAGGUCCUGAGGUCCCAGACACCUAAGGGCCACUUUGGGAAUGUCUACAGCACCCCACUGGCACUGCAGUUGCUGAUGACCUCCUCCAUGCCCGGGGUGGGGCUGGGCACAGUGUGCCGCAAGGCAAGGGCUGCCCUGCUGGCCAGCCUGCAGGAUGGGGCCUUCCAGAAUGUUCUCAUGAUUUCCCAGCUGCUACCUGCUCUGAACCACAAAAGCUAUGUGGAUCUCAUCUCCCCAGACUGCCUGGCGCCAAGAGCCAUGUUGGAAGCAGGUACUGAGACCUCUUCACAGACCCAAGCCCCAGAGGACAUUAGGGUCAUACUGAAGGUCUCCAGCGUCUUGCCACCAUACAAGCACUCCAUCCCUGUACCUGCUGGGUCCUCCUUGGAGGAUGUUCUGAAGAAGGCCCAGAAACUAGGAGGAUUCAGGUAUAGGACACAGGCCUCAUUGUCGGGCCCCUACCUGAUCUCUGUGAUGGGGACAGAGGCUGGAGUACGGGAGUUCUGGCAACUUCUCCAAGCCCCUGACACCCCCUUGCUGCAAGGUAUUGCUGACUACAGACCCAAGGAUGGAGAAACCAUUGAGUUGAGGCUGGUUAGCUGGUAGCCCCUGGGCUCACUCACCCCAGCAACUCUGUGCACCCCUGGGUCUUUGCCCUUCCUCCAGAUGUCCCUGUAACAGGCACUGCCUGACCCUCUGCCAUCUCCUGUGCACUUGGAGCAAUGUACCCUGGAUCACCCCAACCAGCACCCCUGCAAGGGUCCUAAGCCAAGACCUCCUGGAGCAGAGAGCCAAGCACCUUUCUCCAGAAGUCUCUGAGCUUGGGUCCGGCCCAGUUUGGCAUUCCAGAAAGGUCAUCAUGGUCCAUGGUCCAAAGGGCAUGAAGAGUCUCAGCCUUCUCUGGCAGGAGAAGUCACAGGACAACUGCUGGGGUCGUGAGUAACACAUGCUCUGGGAUGGUGGUCCUGCAGGAGGCCUCUGCAGUGGCUGCAGCUCUUACCCCAGCACUCUGCUUUUGGCCUGGGUGGCACUCCAGAACUGCUGUGGCAUAUAAACUGGCCAGGACCGCACAGGUUGCUCAGUGCCUGCCUCCUAAAUAAUUAAAGCAUCGAUUGCCUGUGCACCUGCUGCUGUGUCCUGGUGCUUCAUGCUGGUGAGUGCACGGCCCAGAAGAGAGAAGGGGAGAUAGCCCCUAGAGAAGCGUGGACAAGAGGGCGGGUGCGUGUUCUCUGGGGCACUGAGGGAGUGAUGAUGGCGGUGGAGGUGGUGGCAGAACAGGCACGGUGCUGGGUGACUUUCUUGCACAA